AUGCCGAAGAGGACGACGCAUACGUACUCAAGCGAGGAUGCGGCUCCGGAAGGGCCUAACUCGGAUCUGUUUGUAUAUUACUGCAAACACUGCGGAUCCCAUGUCCUCAUCACUGACACCCAAUUGCAGAAAAUGCCUAGAAGAAACACCGACAGAGCUUACGUUUUAGACAAGACCAAACAUCUUGCUAGAUUCAACAUUCACGAAGCCGGCAACGUUCUCUUAAAGCGAGGGGAAGCCAAAGUCGAGAAACAGUUUCGUAUGAAUUGUAUCGGUUGUGGUCUCUUUGUUUGCUAUCGUUCUCAACAAGAUUUGGAUUCUUCCACUUUUAUUUAUGUACUUGACAAAGCGCUCAGUACCGUUGCUGCUGAAACCAACCCGCAGGAUGCACCUGUUCCACCUUGUAUUUCUCACCUUGAAGGUGGACUUGUUCAACUUGCUAUUGAAGUCGAAGAUCGUGCUCACCGCUCUGCUAUCACAAGAGUAAAUGCCGAUGAUGUUCGAGUCUCUGUAGCGGCUCCCGCCGCGCGUGGUGAAGCUAACAAUGAACUUUUGGAGUUUAUGGGAAAAGUUUUGGGUUUAAGAUUGAGUCAAAUGACUCUUCAGAGAGGAUGGAAUAAUAAGUCAAAGCUUCUUGUGGUGGAGGAUUUGACUGCUAGACAAGUUUAUGAGAAACUUUUGGAGGCUGUGCAACCUUGA